CGCGGCCGAGGAAGCGCGCGCGGCGGAAGCAACGACGAGGAGAUAAAAAAUACACUCGAGCGUGGGCAGCAUCGGGCCAACGCAGGCGCGGCCGAAGAGCAGGUGCCGCGCUGGAGCCCGUCGUUGCCGGCACUUCUUGGAGCGAGCGGGCGGGGAGCACGACGGCCAUGAUGUCGACCGAAAACGGCGAGCCCCGCAUCACCAUCAGCGUGCACACCACGACCGGGGGUCGCAUGCAGCUCCAGCUGCAACCGCAGUGCACCGUCGCCGCGCUCAAGAAGACGCUCUCGGCACGACUGCGGCUCGCCAAGGACCGGAUGGUGCUGCUACACCGCAACAGGCAACUAAAAGAGGGCACACUGGAUUCCAACAACGUGCGCGACGGAGAACGGCUUACACUGCUGCCUAGUGUGGAAACUGGUCUACAGGCCAUCAAGCCUGAACAGAGCGUCAUGCAAGCCUUGGAAUCGUUGACUGAUGCACAGGUGGAGAACUUCCUGUGUGGACGUGCCCCGUUGCACCUGACAAUGCGCCUGGGGGACCACGUCAUGUUUGUCCAGCUGCAACUGUGCCCGCCAGUUGAGACGCCACCGGCCACACCCACCUCGCCCAACUGCCCUGCUCCUCCUGCUGCCACACCGCCCCCUCCAGAGGCGGCACCUGGCAGUGGAGCUGUCAUCGACCAGCUGCGCCACUUGGGUCAGGGCGUCUACUCUGGCAGCUUUUCGGGCACCCUGGGUCCCGAGCUCCAAGAUGGCGAGGGCCGACCUCGUCGCCAUGUUGCCACUAUCCUGCACAUUCUUCGCGACCUACUUGGUGCCAGCCAGGGCUGGCGCGGUCCUCUCACUCCAACGAGCGCCUCAGCUGCGUCGACACAAUCACCCACGGCUCCUUCUGCAGCUGCCAGCGAUAAUGGCACCACUUUAGGUGUUGCCGGUGCCCAACACCUUUCCCCUUCCUCCUCUACUGCUUCGGGCAGCGGCAGUGAAGUGAUGGGUGGGGAUGCGACGCCUCCGACGUCGCCGCGCGUCAGAGAUGCGACAAGCCUGCAUCAGGAAGAGCAUCGGGUGCUGAGGGGAAAGUUGGACCAAAUCAGAGCGACGCUUCGCGAAAGGCGGAGGGCCAGGCGGAGGGCAUCACCAUAUCCGACGCCCGCCAGCUCGCCACCGGCGGCAUCGUCGGACGAACCAGUCCUGGUGUGAAGAUGUGUCCUCACUGCAGCGAGGAUUUGAGGAAACUUCCUUCCCACACCGGCCCAGCCUGACUGAAAUUCUCUCCCACCAACACCCUUGCCUGGUGGACAGUGAUGAUGUGGGCAUUUUGGAGCAAGUGAUGAAGUGAUUUGGGUGCAGCGAUUUUGGAUCGCAUGGGAAGCGCUGUUUGUCCUUGCCAGUCCCAGAAAUGUCCCGUCAGCAGGAAUUGAGACGUGUACACUGUUCAUUACUGUAAUGCAUGAUUGCUUGCACCUGUUGCAAUUUCAUCAUGACAUGCCUGCUUUUAAAAUGUGCAUAUGCCUCUUGGGUGUGUCAGUGUGUGUGCUUUGAAAGUUGAGUUUACCAUCAGGCCGUCCUGCUUCAGACUAGCUUGUUGAUCAUGCUAUGCAGAAUUUAGGAUGGCAUUCGUUUGAGAACCAUCCAAGCAAAAUGUGACGCACACUACUGGCGACAGGAGAGGCAGCAAGCAGCAUAACCAUGAUGUUUUGACGGCAGGGCAAGGAAAAAUGCACAGAGGAGAGUGGGUGGGGAGAGCCAUCAAUUCGCUUGCGCGGUCUGUUCUGCAACCAAAGCAGGCCAACAUUUUAGCGCUUUCUCCCUGAAGUGACUGGUUGCCUGAAAAUGUAUGCGUCAACAAAUUGUUGCGCUUGCUUGUUGCAAAAUGUGACAGGCCAGUACUUUUAGUGGAGGAAGUGCAUUAUGGUGACUACAGAUGGAAUAAUAGGUGACUUGCAGAAAACAUGUUUGCACUGACCCUUUGAGCUAGUAGGAGUUGCACAUUUUUGUAUGUACAAAAUACUUGAAAGUUGAUGCAAAUGUUGAUGCAAUCAUUCUCUUCAUUUGUAGGGCACUUAUACAGUGAGUUUUAUGGACGUAAUGUGUUCCUACAGUAUUGUUUUGUUACAAUGCAGCCUUAAAGCUAGCAGCUUUUCAUGGUAUCAAUAUAUAGGUUGUAGCAAAAAAAAAAAAGCAAGACACACACCUUAAAACUAAUCAGUCUUAUUGAGCUUUUAGUUUGCAUUGGGUUUUAGCUGUUCAGUUACUUGCACAGUAUUAGGUGCAGUAGCACUGGCCAGUAGGCUAGCGUUAUUGCACGUAUGACUUUACAGGUUAUCUAUGUGCACUCCUGUGAUGGCAGGUAUUUCUAUAGGGCAGUGCCUUGGAAGACUGCAAGCAGCCUCCUGUUUUGGUUGUGCAACAGACGGCAUGUUCGAGAUGCAAGCACGUUGAACCAAAGUUUGCAGGGCUGUGGUGUCGCACGAACAAACUACUGCUCCAAGGGAACAGAUGGCUUUGUUGAUACCUGCUUGCAAGCAUCACGACCCAUUGAGAGCUCUAUUUUUGUCUCAGUAUUAGAAUCUUGUCUCCCUUUACACAUUUUUUGUUUUUUUUCUUGAAAUGUACACUUGAGUAUACUGUUAUGGCUUCAUUGUUCAUUUUUUUGCCUUCACACUUACGAGAACCGCACCGUACCUACCCGCAAAUCCAGUCAGUUUCCAGUUGUGGUUAGCAUCAAAGGAAGACGAGAUUGUCUAGAACCAUUGCAGAGUCUUGUAGAGUAUUAGCAUGCAUGGUACUUUACCAAGUUCACUAUCUCUUCAAAUUUGAACUCCGUCAUAGCUUGGUGAUUGUGCUGUCACUUCCACUGAGCUGUGGGCUUUGGGUCUAACUUCAUGUGCUAUGUACAUUAUGUAAGUGGCUCCAGUGGGAAGCAUACGGGAAGUGGUUGUGUUCUGCGCAUACAGCUGUCGGGAUGCACAGUCAGCUGUCCUGAACUCGAAUCGCAGUGUGUAGCUGAACAAAUCAUUGCUGCAACAAAAAUGUAUGCGGCGACUACAGACUACCGGUGUAACUCUGUGCGAGAGCAUGGGAAGCCGAUUUGACAGGGCUUUCAGUAGUCCUAGAUACGACUUCAAUUUCUCUUUGGUGUGCUCGGGCUUGCGCUUGGCUGGGUGCCGCAGAAUGGACGUUACUUCGGUGUUCUACUCUUUUUCUAAUCUGAAUUUAGUAAGGGAUCAUGCAAUCGAAUCUUGUUAAGUCACACUUGACACCAAAAUACCUUUGUUACGACGGACAUUCGGUAUAAGCAUACACGCUUAUAUCUGGCGGUAAAGUGUGCAAAUUUUAGAUUUACCUCGUUUAUCCGAUAAUCAUAUCCAUGUGUUAUAUCUUCGUUCGGCUGUACUUUUCCCUGCAGUUGCUGUCAACUCUGCAGUUGCUGCAAAUUGCUGACCCAUAUAAAGUAAUAUGUUAGUCUUGUUAAUCUGGAACAUAUUUAACUGCCACACCUUGCAGUAUUUUCACAAAAAAAGUCCACUUGCAGUAUUUUAACGGUAAGAAGUAAGAAUUAUUCAAUGAAAAGGUUUUUUGUUCCUGAUUAAUAUUUUCAGAUUGCUGCUACAUGCAGAAUAAGCCAAGUGUUAUUUCCUGUGUGGCAUGCAAAACACACAAAUGCUAUUGAUGCGAUAAGGACAGCAAGAUGUCUGUUAUGACGGGGUUCAAUUACAAGUAUUUUUUUUUUGCCACUUUUCGACUACACUGCUUUCUUGAGUAUUACACACUUGAUAAAAAAGAAAUAUUAAACUGUAUUUGUGCACUGAUAUCCCAUUUCUGGCCACUGCUGGCACCUUUCAGAGCUGUGUGUAUAUUUUGUCAGAAAGGCCAUGAAUGUUUUCAUUUGUCAUCCUUGCUACCUCAGUAUUUUUUGGUUUAUGAGCUUAGCUGCAGUGCCAUGCACAUAUCCACAUCUUGGCAAAGAAGGCACUGUAGUGGUGUGUCAAGAUUGCACAACCGAAGGCUUGUUGCAGAUCACAAUACAUCAUAUUUCAACAGCCUCAAUGAAUGAACCCACUAUUCAAAAUUCGUUUCUAAUUGUAACUGAAAUUGGUCAACAUAUGACCAAUGUGUAAACAGUGUGCAAAGUAAGUUACUAUGAAGUUACAGCUUGCAAGGGACCUGCGAAGUGUUGCACAUUUCGAUAAAGUCGCAUCCGAGACAAAUGCAUUUCAGAUAUGCAAUUUUCUUUAUAAGCGUGUGUUCGUUACAUGCUGAUAUUGACAAGAAAGAUUAAAAAUUAACCUAGUCAUAUUAAUUCGGUGUAUCAGUGUUCAUUAUGUUGAGGUUCGACGUAUUAGUGAUGCCAUUUUCCAGGACUUUCAUUUGAGUAUUUUGGGUAACCUGUUACUGGCUGAGGAUUCAGCAGCUCAUAACUGCCGGUCGCAGUCACCACGUUUUUCAAAGGCAGUUUAUAUAUAUAUAUUUGGCAAGUUCAGCCCACUCUAUAAAUCGUCUUGCAAACACUGUCCAAAUCCUAUGUAACAGUGGUGCCAGGUGGUUGGCCUUUGCCUAUGUGGUGAUGUGUGUGGCACUUGAGCAUAUGUAGGAUGCCAGUGAUACUGGAAUGUUGCAGCAGUUGGCAAUAUCAACAACGAUCACAUGCAAACCCCACGAAUGUACAGCCUGUGUUGUUCUUUCUUGGCAAUGGUCGACCAGUAUUCUGUUUUGUGUUCUCUCGUUUCACCCCGUUGCAAUCUGCAAGCACACGCAUCACUCCACAGAUUUCCUGUCAUAUUUUGGGAGUUUUCCAAUAGCAAAUAAAUGAACGUACGCCUGGUCAACAACUUG